AUUAUUCUUAUACCUUUCUAUCAACAAGAACGGAGGUUUCCAGUUUUGUUUAAUUGAAUACAUUAUUUUCGAUUUAACUAUGUCUAGAAUUAUAAUUUUGCUGUCGGUUGUUUUGUUUAGUGUUUAUCAAACCGAACAAUCACAUUUUCUGUCGGACGAUUACAUUGAUCAGAUAAAUGCUGAAGCUACAACAUGGAAGGCUGGCAGAAAUUUCCCUUCGGACAUUUCCGUUGAGCAAAUUAAGAGUAUGCUGGGAGCGAGAGACGUAGGACUGACGGUUAACGGUCCGGUUAAAUCCGAAGAUAAGAAUUAUGCCAAUUACCAUUACAUUCCUAGAACGUUCGACGCGAGGAAAAAGUGGAGACACUGUAAAACGAUCGGUCACAUCCGUGAUCAAGGAAAAUGCGGCAGCUGUUGGGCGUUGGCCACUACCAGCGCGUUUUCCGACCGAAUGUGCGUAGCCACUGACGCCAAAUUCAACGAAAUGCUGUCGGCCGAAGAACUGGCUUUCUGUUGUCGGUUGUGUGGAUUUGGAUGUAACGGCGGGUACCCCAUACAGGCCUGGAAAUAUUUUAGUCGUCAUGGCAUUGUCACUGGAGGAGACUACGGCACGGACGAGGGAUGCCAACCGUACAGAGUGCCACCGUGCGAGGAAGACGAUGAAGGACAAAACACGUGCAAGGACCAACCGGCCGAAAAAAACCACAGAUGCACCAAAGAGUGUUACGGAGACAGCAACAUCGAUUACAAGAAUGACCACGUCUACACCAGAGACGCGUACUACCUGACACCCAACACCAUUCAAAAAGACAUAUUAACGUACGGUCCGGUCGCAGCAGCCUUUGACGUCUACGACGAUUUCAUUCAUUACAAAGAGGGCGUCUACGUGAAGACGGAGAACGCUACAUACUUGGGAGGACAUGCCGUCAAAAUGAUUGGAUGGGGAUACUAUCUAGGAACCCCCUACUGGCUUAUGGUUAACUCGUGGAACACCCAAUGGGGUGAUAAUGGAACGUUCAAGAUCCUUAGAGGAAGCAAUGAAUGUGGAAUCGACAAUUCAACAACAGCAGGUGUACCAAGAUACUAAAAAAAUACAUACUUUCAUGAAUUUGUUUUGUGCUUAAUACAAAAUUACAUUAUUAUUGCAAAACUA